AUGGCUGUGUGCAGCGAUGGCUAUGUGGACCGGGCGGCGAUUCACCAGUCGGUGCGACGCCGUGGUCCAGAUGCAUUUGCGUCGCUGCGGCUUGAAAUUGCUCCCGACGUGCACGUGGAGGCGACAAGCGCUGUUCUGCGCCUACGCGGUGCUGUUGGUGGUCUUCGUUCUGCCGGGAGCCCCGGAGGCGUCGACGGCGAAAUGCUACAGCCAGCCAUGGCGGCGCCCAGCCGUUCCUGCUCACAGGCGUCAUCAUGCCUCUCGUUCCUUGAGUGGAAUGGCGAAGUGUUCGGUGGUGCGCUGCAGCUGCCUCCGGAGGUUUCCGACACAACUGCCGUUCUUGAGCGUCUGCAUCAGCUGGAGCACGACGCCGCGGCUGGGUUCUGUGACACGUUCAGUGGUACCGCUAAUGUCCGUUAUGCGGCUGCCCUGGCCACGGCCCAGGCCUCGUUUUCGGAGUCGUGUGUCCGCUUCUUUGAACGUGAGAUUGAGGGGCCCUACGCCUUUGUGUACUACGCCCACUCACUGCGGCUGUUUCUCUUUGGGCGGGACCCACUGGGGCGGCGCUCCCUGCUUUUGCAUGUGGCCGCGGUCUCCCCGGCGGCGAGGGAGGAGGGAGAGCGCAUUGCCUCGGAGUCAAACUCCGUGGAGGUGGCGAUAGCCUCCGUGUCUGGAGGGCACUUGCAUCCCCGUUGCACGCGAGGAGCCGCCACGGGGGAGGGCAGUAAACGCGCGAGAGGCGACCCCGACGGCCAAGCCGGGGAGAGUGAUAAGGAGAGCGAGAGGAACGGUGCCACGCCGCUCUUCUCCGUUUCUUCUGGUUGCUGCUGGCAGGAGAUCCCCAACACGGGUCUCUUUGCCAUUGACGUGGCAGUGUCCUCAGAGGCCUUUCUGGUUUCGCAUUAUCCGUGGGCGGUGGCACAUGGUGUCCACCCGCUGCUGCGCUUUCAAUCCCGACCGCAGCUGAGUCCGGCGACAGGGCAGUUGGAGGGCAUCGACGAGGAAAAGAUGGCAGGGGAGUGCCCUGCGAUUAUUCGAUGCCUGUUGCGGGAGAGUGGGGUGCUUGCCCCUCCGCUGCUGCAGGAGGCCACGUCCUUCGAGGUCGCGAUGGCCACCCGCUACCUUAAGUCUCUUUGGAGGGCUGUGGCGGUGCGCGUAAAGGCUGAGAACUGCGGUGCCGAUCCUACGCGUCCGAUUGGAGUCUUGUUUUCAGGCGGCAUUGACUGCACCGUGCUGGCCGCGAUUGCGCACUACGUUCUACCUGCCACCACGCCUAUUGAGUUAAUCAAUGUGGCUUUUGGAGAGGCUCCAGAGCUCGCCCCUGACAGGCUGGCCACAUUUAGGGCCCUCGAGCAGCUGCUGCGGCUGCCAACCCGUUUGAAGGGAGGCGACCAGGAGACACUCCGCGCGAGCGGCAGGGAGUGGCGUCUCGUGCUAGUGGAUGUCCCUCACAACGCCAAUGUGUCUCACAUUGAGAGCCUAGUGUGCCCGGGCAACUCGAUCAUUGACAUGAGCAUCGGCACUGCGUUAUGGCAUGCUGCCCAAGGCUGUGGGCGAAUGCAGCGUGUCCGCGCUGACGAGGAGCUUGUGCCUAGAAUGCGGUCAGGAGCUCAUUCGCGUGUUAGUCACAAAUUCUACCGCGUGUCAACUGAGAAGGCGAGAGUUGCAUGCGAGUUGCAAGGAGUUGUCCCCACAAGCGGUGAUGCAGAGAACGAGGCGAAAUUUGCGCCGUUGCUUGAAGCUAUCAUUACAGAACUGGAGGCCUUUAACGAGGCGUCCUCAUCCCCGGUGCUACUGUCAACCCUGGGGAAGGAUCACGCGACCUCGCUGCGCCCUGUGUUGUGCAAAUACGGGUACAAAAAGCUGGGGUCGUAUCUCAAUGACGCGGCUGCGGCCGGCGUGAUUGCCUUUGCCAGGCAUAACGAGGCGCCGUCCAAAGCCAUCCGCCUGGUGAGGCCGGCAGACAUGGAGAAGGUGCGGCGAGUGGCGCCCGCAAGGUGGCUCGUCGACGCUGGCGAGUCGUCCCCUUUGGGGUCAUGCGUGGACAACUACACCUGCGCGUCCCGUGUGUUGCUCCUCGGGAUGGGGGCAGACGAAACGCUUGGAGGCUACGUUCGACACCGCCGCGCCUUUGAGCGCCGCGGUGUGAAGGGUUUGACGGAGGAGCUGCACCGCGAUUUUGCGCGACUGUGGAAGCGCAACUUGGGGCGUGAUGACCGCGUCGUGAGUGACAGCGGGCGGGAGGGCCGGUACCCCUACUUGGAUGAGGAGGUUCUGGGCACACUUGACUCAAUCGCCGCAGAGGCCUACCGACGCGCCGCCGAUACGGCACGCACCACUGCCGCUGCUAGCCUCGAUACGGAGGCGGCACUGCGAGAGGCGCUUGCCCCAGUCUGUUGUUUCGGCGCCGACGAUGGCCCGCCUGGCGUGGGUGACAAGAAGAUUCUGCGGCUCUGUGCUUCCGUGCUUGGCCUCGGUGAUGUGGUGCGGCUGCAGAAGCGUGCAAUUCAGUUCGGUUCCCGCGUCGCACAGGCCCCUCCUUGA